AUCAAUUAGUAUUCAAACUUUCAUGACCCAUAUGAAGUUCCAGCUUGAUCCUGCUCAAUCGCGAACCCAUACAUGUUUCUAGAAGAUGGAGUUUGCAUGUGGCCAAGAUCGUUUCUGCCUUCCCAGAAGAAAGACUGAUGGAAUCGAAAGGAUGCUAUCAUUUCCGAGGGAUAUCAAGAAUGAAUAUUACAACAACUUUGGUGGACACUAUCUAAGCAUCGAAGAAUUUUUCCAAUUCAAAAAGCUCAUCCAGGGAAGAUGGCUAGUAAAAGAUGUCCCUCAGUUACCAUAUGCAUUCUAUCCCAUGGAGGUAGCAAGCAGAACUUCUGAUCAUCUGCAGGAGAAAGAAAGUGAAGAAGGAAAACAAGAAGAUCAACAAAAUCUUGCUGAUUGUGAUGACGAGAUUGACGUUGAGAACAGCCGCCCUUCUUCGCCUGUCGAGCUUAGGAGCAAUGUUAGUGAGCAAGAUACUGAAGCAAGUGGCCCUGAAAACCCAGGUAACGUUUCCAUUAUCACGCAAGAAGAAUUCGAUUAUGAGAAGAAUUCGAACCAAAACAGUGAGCUCUCCCGCAACCGCUACGUAUUCAAUCCAUUGCCUAUUCGGAAAAAGUCCAAAAAGAAGCAUGUACCAGCUGAAGCCAAAGACCAAAACUACUGGAGACAGAGAGUAAAAAAUAACAUUGCUGCGCGCAAGUCCCGCGAAGAUCGACGAAGAAAGGAGAUUGAGGUUGUUAUGCAGUGCGAAAGCCUUUUGUUGGAGAAUUGCAAGUUACGACACGAAAAUGGCCUUUUGCAAGCAAGAGUUAAAGUUAUGGAGGCAUUUGUGCAUUCUAAAAUUGAUGAUAAAUUUUGAUACUUCCGAAAUAUCACAGGUUGAGAAAUAUCAAGUUUUAUCAAGAAUAUAGAAAUAUCAAGAGUAUUGUAGAAAAUUCUCAGAUUUUUAGUUUGGUUUUUUUUUCUCUGCGCGAACUAAAAAGGUAUUUUAUAACUGAAUUUAACGACGGAAGACUAAGGAUAGAUUUUGCGACAAUUGCGCUCUUUGCUUACAGUAAUUAAAAAACAAUUUUUCAAAGUACUUGCCCAGUUAUCCCCAAGAGUGAGGAUGCGUGCUCCUCAUUUUAAAGCGAUCCUACCAACAUUUUUACAAACAACCUGUCCAUUCGUAGCCUGUUUGAUACUUUCAAUCUACAAUAAUUAAAAUCAUGACAUCUUUUAAUUGGGGCUUAAUCGCCACUGGUCCAGUUAGUGGACAUCAGUAUAACAUGUUCGGAACCUGAAAAUGUUUAAAUUUUUUUAAAGUCUAAUUUAUUUCAUAAAACCGUGCCCUUUCGCUACUCCGUAUCACGAAAGCCUUCCCUUUCCGCUCCGUUCUUCUCAGUAUUCCCUUGCUCUGUCGCCUUCGCAGUAUUCAAGUUUUUCUUGAUAUGAGUCGCGUUGCAAGCAAAAGCUCUACAUUUUAUGCGACAUGUCUUCUUUCGAGGAAGCUAUCUCUAAGUCCGGGGCAAGUAUUUUUAAGUAAUGCAAUUAAACGGUGUAAUUAAAUACAGUCAUUUUUUUCAGGCAGGUUAGAUUCCAUUUUUUAAAAGUUCACGACCCAUUUCACAUGAGCCCUAUUGACUAGGUAUAUAGACUAAAGAAUAAAAUCACGUGGCUUGUGAAGCAAUUUUCAUAUAGAUAGAAGAUUUCACAAGCAAAUCAAAGCAGCUGCCUUGAGUUUAUUCAUAUAAUUUGUUGUUCCUUGUUUGUAGCAGUUUGAAACCUGGUCAUUAGUGAAUGUAACUGUUCCUUCUACAGCAUCCAACCCAUUUAUUGCCCAGCUCCCGCUGCUAUUACCACCUUUUCUAUAUGGACCCUGGUCAAUUGUCAGAAGUAUGUAAUGAUUAAUUAAGUAUCUAAUGAGUAUUGCCUUUGCGGUAGAUUGAAUUAAUGUAAAUACACAAUUUUAUUAUGAAAGUAUAGUAUAUGGUAGAACAUCUUGUUUUAUUUGAGGUUCAAAUUCAGUUUCCGUAAGAGCAUCUCGAUUGUCUGAAAAUCUAUAAUGUGAAGUAUCAUCAAGAAACAUCAAGAAAAUGUACAUUCAGAUGAUCUCCAUCAAGAAAAUAUAAAAUAAAUGUUCAGCCUAUCGGCUUUGUGGCGCGGAGUGGAAUACUAAACUCUUUUUGAAUAAAAAUAUUGCUUAUAAGAAUAUUCAGGCUCAGAAUCAUCCAAUUUUUAUGAAGAUCAUGAAAAUAUUGUUCAGCCUCAGCGCAAUUCUCUCUGUUUUCCGGCAAUUGCCUAUGUUUGCGAUGUUCAUAUCUCAUUCUUUCAAAAAUUUUAGUUUCUUUUCAAGAGCGGGCUAUGUUCCCCGGCGACCAUAUCAGAUUUGAAAAAAUAAAAAUAAAAAUGUAUUCAGGCAGGACAAAAUUUAUGAAAAACGAAUUUAUUACUAUUAAUAUUUAUGCGCAAAAGAGCAAGGGUACUCUCUCUAAAUAUAACUAAGGAUGGUAUCAAAAUGAAAUCGGUUGGAAAUAGUAAUCUAAAAUUAAAUAUGUUUAGAUGUCAUGCUUCCUUCUGUGAUGAAGACGCCUUUUUCCAGAUUUUGCAGAGAAAACAGCGAUGAAACCGUUUCUACGUCCUCGGCUUUAUCGUCAAAAUAUCAUAUAAUCAAGGCAUGUUCUUAUUCCCAUUAAAAGUGGUCUUGAAUACAUUAACGAUGCAAUCAAGCUCUGUUUUCUCCGCCAUAUUCUGUUAUGAACUAAUUUGAACAAGUUUUUCUAUAAUUUAACAAGACAUAGUAAUUCAAACUUUGAGUCUCAAAGGAAAUUAUUAGUUAUCAGGAAAAACGAGAAAGUCAAAGUUACACGACUCAACAGUACCCCUCCCCAAAACUAUUCUCUCAUUAAUUUUAGAUGAAUUAAAGAAUCAAUGAUUGCAAAAUUUGAGGUAAACAUGUCUCUGGCCCCACCAAUCUAAUUUUUGUAUUAACAUUCAUUUUCUUUCGCAAAAUUUCUUGAUAUUUUAUAAGGUAUUCGAGAAACAUAUGAGGUUGAAAACAACAAGAAAUGGACAAAUAAGAAAUAUGUGAUUGCUGCCAUUUUCUUAAUGCUUGAAUUAUUUUCUCAGCAAAUUAAGAUACGGGUAUUAAUUAGCCUGGAAGUUAUUGAUUGAUUGAAGAAAGGAACAAUCAAGACAGGGCUUCAGUUAGUAGGAUUACAACAACGCUGAUUUUUUUAAGAAGUAGAAAAUAUACAUAACGAAUUAGUCGUUAGAAAAUCGACACUUUUGAAGAUUUGUUGUACAUGUGAAUACUGAAUUUAGAUGCCUGAACACAAAGGAUCCAUAAUAAUCAAAUUUUUCUAUAACUUGCUGAGCACACCCAUUACUUAUCUAACACCUGGCUGUUGGGCGAUCAUAAUAAUCAUAUUUUUAGGGGCAUUGAAGGAAGGAAGUGUUUUAUCUAGGCAAUACGGCAUGAAUGUAUGUAAAAAGUAUGCUUGCAGAAAUUGGAUUUCAACCGAAUGUAUCUCUGUGGUGGCCCUGUACCCACUGUUGGGAGGCCCCUACAUGUAACAAUAUUUACAUCAGUUUUUAAGAGGCAUCAAAGUAUAUGCUGUUUUGAUAAGGAGAAAGGAGUAAAUGCUCGAAACGUCCUGUUUUUAACAGUCUAACUCAUCUUGUCACUUAAUCUUUUAACUCGUUUUCUGGUCUUCAACGACAACAAAACAACAACAACAACGACAACAAAUCAGUCUGUGGAAACCGAAAGCAUGGCAAUGGCCUAAAGAGAAAGAGGCAAGAAGCAUGUUCACAUUG